CGCCGCAUCGUCCUCCAGAUUUUAUUUUCAUCAGAAAUAUUCACCCACAUUCACUCAGCAGCUGCAACAGUUAGCAACAGUUGAGCAACAGCUGACAGCUGAGACCAUGGCAGGCCAGAAACGAAAAGACGCCCGCGACGGAGGCAACUCCAAGUCCAAGAAAGCAAUGUACUACAAAACCGCUUCGUCGACAAUCCACCCCGGCACGAGCGGAAUCUUCGCGACUUGUAACCGUCACAAAGAACGGCAAUGUACGCAGGAGUUGAUUGAGCUUUUCAACGACGAAGCAGAGAAGCAGUACAACACCACCGAGGGGGAAGCAAGCGACGACGACGCCGAUGAAGACAAUGACGAUAUCGAAGCUUCGUUAGCUAAAGAACUCGACUCCUUCAAAGCCAAGAAAGCAGACAAGGUCAAACUCUUCACGCCUCUUGAUCUCGGCUGCGAAUGCGUCAUUUUCUUUCGGACUAAAAAACCCGUCGACCCCGUCUCCUUCGUCCACAAAAUCUGCUCCGAAGCACUUACCUCCGGCACCAAAUCAACCCGCUACACACUCCGUCUCUCCCCCGUCUCCCUCACCGCCUCUGCGAACGAAGACGAGCUCAAGAAGCUGGCGUUGAAAGUCCUCGAACCUCAUUUCCACGCCAAGGAUCAGAAACCUCUUAAAUUUGCAAUCCGUCCGACGUCUAGGAAUCACACAACUCUGGACCGCGAUCAGAUUAUCAAGAUAGUAGCCUCUGCUGUAGGCAAUCAACAUAAAGUCGACCUGACAAACUACGACAAACUCAUCCUUGUCGAGGCAUUCAAGAAUAUAAUCGGCAUAAGCGUCGUCGACGGUGACUUUGAAAAGUUAAAACGGUACAAUCUCCAGCAAAUCUUUGAGUCAAAGUCCCUCGAGUCUGAGAAUAGCAAAGAUGAACCUACCGAAAAGGAAAACGACGACACAACUACUACUUGAGUUUUGUAUAUUAUGAUGAAUAAA